CUUAACCUGAAAUUUGGUGGAACUGGUGAAGGGUUCACCCCACAAGAGGUGGAAGUCAUUGCUCUGUGCUUCUCUGUUAGUGUUGAACUGAAGGCAGGUGACUUGACAGAAAUAUACCAAAAAAACUUCAGUAUUCCACUGAGAACAGCAGGCCACGGCAAGUCGGUAUCGGCAAGAAACGCGGCGUGCAGAGUAAUUGUGCACGUGGACUUGGACUGCUUUUAUGCCCAAGUAGAAAUGGUCCGUAAUCCUGAGCUAAGAGACAAGCCUCUAGGUGUGCAGCAGAAAUCCAUAGUAGUAACCUCUAACUAUGAAGCCAGAAAACUCGGAGUUAAGAAACUGAUGUCUGUGAAAGACGCUAAAGAGAAGUGUCCUCAGCUGAUACUGGUUAACGGAGAAGAUCUAACUCCAUACAGGGAAAUGUCAUACAAGGUUACAGGAUUGUUGGAAGAAUUUUGUCCUCUAGUGGAGAGGCUCGGGUUUGACGAAAACUUUGUAGAUAUCACAGAGAUUGUAGAGAAAAGACUAAACCAGCUACAACAAAGUGCAUGUUCCAGAGUGUGUGUGUCUGGCCACGUGUACAACAACCAAGCUAUCGAUUUACAUGAUACAACGCACGUAAGACUGGUUAUUGGAUCUCAGAUCGCAGAAGAGUUCAGAGAAGCCAUGCACACUCGACUCGGCCUCACAGGCUGUGCAGGAGUGGCCUGUAACAAGGUACUGUCUAAGCUGGUAUCUGGGACCUUCAAACCAAACCAACAAACAGUUCUUCUGCCUGAAAGCUGUCAAGAUCUGAUGCGCAACCUUGAUCACAUCCAAAAGGUGCCCGGCAUUGGCUACAAAACUGCCAAGCGUCUUGAAACGCUGGGUGUUAGAAGCGUGUGUGAUCUCCAAGCGUUUCCAUCUGCUGUGUUAGAGAAGGAACUAGGGGCUUCCGUUGCUCAGCGCAUCCAAAAACUCAGCUAUGGAGAAGAUGACUCCCCUGUGACUCCAUCAGGCCCUCCUCAGUCCUUUAGUGAUGAAGAUUCCUUUAAAAAAUGUUCAUCAGAAGUGGAGGUAAAAGAGAAAAUUGAAGAACUGCUUCGUAGCCUCUUAGACAGGGUAUCCAAAGAUGGAAGACAGCCACACACCGUGCGAUUGACUAUCCGCCACUACUCGGCGACCGAUAGAUGGUUUAAUCGGGAAAGCCGGCAGUGUGCCAUUCCACCUCACCUCGUUCAGAAGUUCGGAAAAGAAAGCAGCAACGUUUUAUCUCCGUUGAUUGAUAUACUGAUGAAACUCUUUCGGAAGAUGGUAAACGUAGAUCUACCGUUUCAUCUUACCCUUCUGAGCGUUUGCUUCUCUAAUCUCAAAGAUGUUCCUAGCAGCAAGAAGGGAUCAAUAGGUUUUUAUCUUAAGCAGAUGCUGCCAACAACAGGCUCUGGUAAAAGUGUCCAGGAGAUGGAAGAUGGCUCAGAAGGUGAAGGAAAUGCUUCUUGGAACCAGAACUGGAACAGAACUGGAACUACAAAAACGAAGAGACUUUCAGAGGAAAAGAAAAGCAAUACAAAAAAAGCAAGAAUUCCUGACUUUCCCUGUCACUUGGCUCCUGGUGGUAUUGACCAGGCAGUCUUCAGGGAACUUCCAGAAGAUAUUAAAAAAGAAAUUAUGUCUGCAAAAGCAGGAGAAAGGAUCUCUGCUGAGAAUGUUUUGGGUCAGCCACCAGUAUGGCUUGCAGAAGAGGCACACAGUGCUUCCUCAAAUUCUAAGGGGCUGAACAGUGCUGAGCACCCUGCAGGGUACAGUACACACCUCCCAUCAGUUUGUGAAUCAGAAUCUGCUUGGGGACACAGCUCCAGCACCAGCUGUUCUGCUGAGUAUCCUAGAAGUGUGCUAAUGGGCAGCAGCAUAGAAGAAAACCCUACGGACUCUCACAGCUUCAGGGACUUGUCAGGUGUUGAAGCUGGCACCAGCCAAACCGUUCCGCAUGUCCCUGCCUUGGAUAAAGAUGAGCAGGCCUCCGAAAUAACUUCUGAGGAUAAAAACGACAGCAGGAAAGUAGGAAUUGUACUUCCUCCUAAUGUUGAUCCAAAGACUUUUUAUGAACUACCCACAGAUGUGCAAGAAGAACUACUAGCUGAAUGGAAGAAUCAGGAACCUGUGUCCAAAACUUGUACAGAGAAACCCCCGGAAAGGCCUAAAACAAAUAGAGGAAGAAAGAAUACAGCGUCGAGUUCAUCACAGUCUAACAGUUUGCUAAGGAGGAAACCAAGCAGUGAAGAUGAAAGCUAUGUUCACACUGUUCUUUUAAUUUGCACCACUGCUUCUGUGAUUUGUAAAAGAAACUGCUCUUGUCCUAGCUGCCACCCUUUCCUGCCAUUUAAGCUUACCUAGAAGUACUGGAAAUACUGCAGGAGUAAUGGGAAAUGCUACUUCCAAAUAAACCAGCUCAUUCCUGGACUCAGCAUACAGAAACUCACGGUGGGUUUUGGAGCUCGGGAUUCAGAAGAUGACAGACAACUCGGAGUGAGUAUAAAGAGCAGCUUUUAAUGAGAUGCUGUGUAAUCAUAUUCAUCAGUCUUUCCUUCAGAUAUUUAAUUCCAAAACAGUGAUAUAGUUGUUAAUUACACUUGCACACUUAAUAAACAUGUUUAAGGUCUCUAGUA